AUGGCGCUGGCGUCAGGGCCAGCAAGGCUGUAGCUUGCUUGCCCCGGGAGGCUCGGUCUUGGGAGCUGCGGGGCCCCAAGACGUGGGGCGUAAGAGUGGGGCAUGCGCUCCACGCGGAAGCCCGAGCCUCCUCUCCCGGACAGGGUGUACGAGAUUCCUGGACUGGAGCCCGUCACCUACACGGGGAAGAUGCACUUUCUGCCUGGUCUGGCGCGGCGAGUCUUCCCGCCCUGGGACCCCGGCUGGACGCACCCGAAGUUCCUCCGCUUGCCCCCGCUUCACGAGCACCCGCUGUACAAGGACCAGGCCUGCUAUAUCUUCCACCAGCGUUGCCACCGCCUCGAGGGUGUAAAGCAGGCCCUCUGGCUUACCAAGACCAAGUUAAUAGAAGGCCUUCCUGAGAAAGUGCUUAGCCUUGCUGACGAUCCAAGGAACCACAUAGAGAACAAGGAUGAACGUCUUCUGAAUGUGAUCUCUCAUGCUUGUCUCUGGCACUCUAAUGAAGACAUCCCCAAGAGAGAGACCUACUGCCCAGUCAUUGUGGACGGUCUGAUACAGCUGUGUAAAUCCCAGAUUCUCAAGCAUCCUUCUCUGGCCAGCCAGAUCUGUGCCCAAAACAACACGUUAUCCACCACCUGGAAUCAAGAGUCUACUCUUAUUCAGGUCCAUGGUUCCAGUGGAGCCCAACUGAAUGCCAAGGAUCCUCUGCCC